CAAAAGAGAUGCCUGGUGACGUCACCUCACAGUGCCACAAAAUAUUAGAGAGAGAGAGAGAGCAAUAAUACCUCACUUCGGACGAUGAACACAGUUGUAACAGAAGGAGCCUGAAAACAAAGUAUUUUGCUUUGGAGUCUGUUGGAAAUCUGUGGAAUACGGGACAAGACGCUGAAUAUGUGGAUUUUACGCCACCUGCUGGUAUUUCUUAUGCACCUUCUCCUCGGGAGCUUUGCAGAGCGAUUCUCCAAUGGCUAUUAUUAUCAAGACAUAGUAAAUGGAAAUGAUAACUAUGGGGAGAUGUACUACCACAGGAUCCGUCUUUACGUUGAAUCUCCUCAAACUCUGGUGUCAGCUGUUCAGGGGAGUAAUGCCACACUGCCCUGUUAUUACCGCUAUGAGCCCAAACUCAGUCCAACCCGCAGAGCGCGGGUCAAGUGGUUCUGGCUGCCCAUUAAUGGUGACGGACAGGAGCGAGACGUCAUGGUGGCCAUUGGUGCACAUUACCGCAGUUACGGCGACUUCAAAGGACGUGUCCGCCUUCGCAGAGGAGCCCCAGGUGAUGCGUCGCUGGUCAUCAACAUGCUACAGUCUGAUGAUACCGGUCGCUACCGGUGUGAAAUUAUUGAUGGUUUGGAGGAUGAGAGCAUUACUGUGCAACUUAAUUUUCGAGGUGUGGUGUUCCCCUAUUACUCCCAUAGGGGGCGCUAUCUCAUGAACUUCCAUGAGGCUGAGGAGGCAUGUAAGAACCAGGAUUCACAUCUGGCCACCUUUGAACAGCUCUUCGCUGCUUGGGAGGAAGGGCUGGACUGGUGUAAUGCUGGGUGGCUUGCUGAUGGGACGGCACAAUACCCCGUCUCAGUGCCUCGUGAGGCCUGUGGCGGUAGUGAUCUGGCCCCUGGUGUACGUAGCUUCGGCUUUCGAGACAAAAGCCUGGACCAAUUUGAUGCCUUCUGCUUUACUUCCUCCAUUAGAGGUGAGGUCUACUUCCUGCAGCAUCCCAUCAAGCUAAAUUUUACUGAAGCAGCGGAGGCUUGUCACAAUGAUGGGGGUCAUAUUGCUAAAGUUGGCCAGUUAUAUGCGGCCUGGAGGUUUGUCGGAUUGGACCAGUGUGAUGCUGGAUGGUUAGCCGAUGGGAGUGUACGUUACCCAAUCAUCAAACCCAGGAUGAACUGCGGUCCAUCAGAACCAGGAGUUCGUAGCUUUGGCUUCCCUCCUAAACAUCUAAAACAUGGCGUGUACUGCUACAAAGUCCACUGGUAAAAUUUCUGCAAUUCAUUUUAAAGCUGAAGUGUGUAAUUUUUCAAUGUUAAAAUACUUUCUCCUAUUUUAACUUAAAAUGCAGGGAUAACUAUACAAAAGCCAUUACCUGAAAAGUGUAAACUGUGUGACUCAGUGGCGCUAUUCAUAAAUUGCUCUGUUUAUUUAAGCAUCCCAAACUGCCUGACACAACAACAGUGGCUGAACCAAUAGUGUGAGUUUGCGGUGGUACUCUACUGUAUGUUUUGUCCAGCUGAUGGAAAAACAAUAAUUAUUUUGGCAAUUCCGUUUGGUGAUGCUAGUGGUGCAGAAAAUACAAUUUUCAGCUUUAAAUGCUCAAGCACUUCUUACAGUUCUGUGAAAAACAUAGUUAGCCAAUUUUGUUAUUCUUUUUAUACACUACUGACAUUUACAUCAGAAUUUUUAUUUGUAUUUUUUUCUUUGACAACAAUAAUAUGAAAUGUCCUGGAACUGUGUCCCAAAUUACAUUUCUUGCUCAUUUGGGUAUUUACACUUUAAAACUUUAAAAAUUAAGAUUGUGAAAGAUGGAACGACCAAAUAUUAUUUGUGAGGGCAUUAUAUUUACACUGCAUUUAUAGUUUAAUGUUUUUAUCCAAACUCAUACAAACAAUUGUAAGAUUUAGAAAUUGUAAUUUCAUAAUUAAAUUCCAUUCAGUUGAAUUGAAUUAAUCUUUAAUAUAAUACAAAAAAAAGUUUUAUUCAUUAUAAUUCUUUUAUACAUUACACAAUAAAAUUUCAUGGUAUUUUGUUAUGAAAUUGAAAUGUGUAAAAAUAAGCAGUUUGUUUUUGAGUGCAUAAUACAUGGUUUUUUCAUAUUAUCUUUCAAUAAAUAGUUUUGUUUCCCCAAUAACUAUUCUGUAUUUUUACUUAAGCAAUUUCUAAUGAUCAGACCACACAAUAAAUCCCUCAGACAGGGCCUGUUUGUUACAAGCCAUGUCCUUACUCUAUGAGAUGCUGGCAGUUUCAUAUUUUGACCUACAGGGUGCUCCCUAAUCUUCGGGCAAUGGAUGCAGGCCGGGUCAGAGAGGUGAAAUGGGACACUCUGUCCAAGAGCUCCCCCUCAUCAUCCAGUUUAUACUGGCACCACUGAGUUUCUGAUUAGCAUUUAACCAGAUAUGGGAGGGGCAAGACUUAUGCCUUCUUUCUCCCACAUUUUCUUCAGGGCAAACAGAAAUGCCUAAAUCAUGAUCCCAUGGCAUCAAAGAUGUGCCCAAUAUACCUGCUCAAACAAGGAAGACUGGGGAAAGAAGCAUAUGAAAAGCCAGCAGUGUUCCUCAGCCUUGCUUUUUACUGAGCUAUCUGCACAUAAAUAUGCACAGUGUUAGAAGAGGCCUGAGCGAUGCAACAGAAGUGUAUUCAUCAUCUUUCAGGUUUUUCUUUCUCCCAUGUGAAAAAGAAAGCCAAAUCUGCCUACCUGUAUCACUCUUUAAAUAU